CACGAAGCACGGUCCACUGGCACCUCCGCGCUCUUUCUAUUUGGACGACGACAGUUUCAAAGUUUUCGGCGAUCGAAACUUUUACCGCGUCCACCAAUUUCCGGUACUGCCCCACCGGCCCCCUCACGAAACCAGCGAAUUAGCGCCAAAAAAAAUGGCUUCUGCGACGGCGGUCGGCGGUGAAGUAAGCAGUCCGCAGGACGACGAAGCUGCAAAAUGACCUGCACCGACGAGGAACCAGGAGGCGGAGAAUGAUGGACAACUUCACCGAGGUAUCGAAACUCGAAGGCUUUGAAGCCAAUAACCGUACCACGCCCAUUUAUACCAUCGGGCCUGAGUUUAUCGCCCAGUGGAAAUUGCAAAAGCAGCGUGAGCACAUCUGCAAAACGAUCUACAGCGGACUGAUAUCGCUGACCGAGUGCGUCGAAUCUUUCAACCUGUCGGCUGGCGGCGGCAUCGACAGCGGCUCGUUCAACGUGAUCGGAGGCGGUGCGAUCGACUGGACGCGUCAAAACCGGACUCACGACGGCGCGUCUACGGAGCCCGCGCUCGCGCCGGUCCUGGCCCCUUUUAAGCUCUGGCAAACGAUCCUCAUCGCGAUCAGCUUGGGCAUCUGUAUCAUACUCACCGUUUCGGGUAACAUCUUGGUGCUGCUCGCUUUCAUCGUCGACCGAAACAUCAGACAGCCGAGUAAUUAUUUCAUCGCGUCGCUCGCCGCUACCGACAUGCUGAUCGGCACCGUCUCGAUGCCCUUCUACACCGUCUACGUACUGAUGGGUUACUGGAACCUGGGGCCUCUGCUCUGCGACCUGUGGCUCUCGGUAGACUACACGGUGUGCCUCGUCUCGCAGUACACGGUGCUGCUCAUCACCAUCGAUCGUUUUUGCUCGGUAAAAAUAGCGGCCAAGUACCGCGGCUGGCGCACCAAGCAAAAGGUCAUCCUCAUGGUGACGAUCACGUGGAUCAUACCGGCCCUCCUCUUCUUCAUCAGCAUCUUCGGUUGGGAGCACUUCGUCGGCUACAGGGACCUGUUGCCCGGCGAGUGCGCGGUCCAGUUCCUCAAAGAGCCGGUGUUCAACACGGCCCUCAUCAUCGGUUACUACUGGACCACCCUCAUAGUGCUUUUCAUCCUCUACGGCGGCAUCUACAAGACCGCGUUCGACAUGCAGAAGAAGAGCGAGGCGAAGCAGCGCAAGAUGCAGUCGAUGGUGGCGCUGAGCGCGGGCGCCAUGUCCGGCAUGGCCGGUCGCGCGGCCGGUAUCGGCGUCCCGAAGCCCCAGGAGUCGCCGCGGACUCCUCCCCCUAAGGAGGGGGAGAAGAAACAACUGCCCCUCGACGGCCUCAAGGUGACGGAGUCGUGCGGAGGCGGCGGCGACUCGACUUCGACGAGCUCCCAGAAGAACAGCACGACGACGACGACGACGACGACGACGACUGUGGCGGCGCCGAAGAAGCUGCCCGAGCCCGCCGAAAAGUCGGAGAGGUCGAGCAGUCCCGCGUUCGAGUCGGACGAGGAGAGCACCGCGGUCGCGCCCCAGGAGGCCACGGAGAAGCAGCGCCGUUCCGUCGUCGACAUCGUGCUGCAGACGAGCGGGAUGUUCGGAGGCGGAGGCGGCGGGGGCGCCGCCCCAUCGCCAAGCGGUAAAAAAGUGACGGCGACGGUAAGACCAUCGCCCCCAUCGGCCCUCGUAAACUCGUGCAGUUUCGCGGAAGUGUCCUCCCGCACGCACCCGGAGCCCGUAGCUAGUAGUACCGCCCCCAGGACCCGGAGCACGUACGACCUCCUCGUAGACGGUACCGGUUUGCGUUUCGCGGACGAAAGUUCCGCGGCCCCCCCGACCCCCCGACCCCGCGUAGCGCCAUCCGUUAACCGCGCGUCGCCCCCGCAGGUAGCGGUCGUCGCCAGGGCCGAUUCGGUGCGCAUCCAGACCGAGGUGACGUUGAGCGCGGACCGGCCGAUCACGGCGGCCGUGAACGACGACGAUGACGAGCGAAGCUGCUCGAGUAGUCCGCGAGAGGGCGCUUCCGGCGCGCCGAGUCAGACAGGUAACGCGGCCGGCGCGAUCAUGGCCGCCGCGACCCUAGUUAACCGGUCGAAAUUUGCUAAAGCAGAGACGACGACGGAGGCGACGACGGAAAGCGCGCGCAAGGUCUUCGUCAAAUCGAUCGGCAAACGUCUUCGGGUAAAGAAGAGGACGAUAGCGGGCCCGCUAGGGGCGCUCGGUCUGCGCCAAAAGUCUAAAUCGGAGAAUAGAGCGCGGAAAGCGCUGCGCACUAUUUCGUUCAUAUUGGGAGCGUUCGUCGUGUGCUGGACGCCGUAUCACGUGUUCGCGCUCGUCGAGGGCUUCUGCGCGGAACCGCCCUGCGUCAACGGCCACAUUUACAUGUUCUCGUACUUUCUUUGUUACGCCAACAGCCCGCUGAACCCGUUCUGUUACGCGCUGGCCAACCAGCAGUUCAAGAAGACGUUCACGCGGAUUCUGAGGGGCGACCUGCACCUCACCUAAAUGGGGAAAUAUGUAGGAAACUGCUAGUAAUUGGGAUUGUUGUCCUUUUGUCCGAGAACGAGGUGUUCUGGUUGUGGGAUAAUUUGAUUUACCUACCUAUUACUACGUAUUAUUUCUUAAGCCCCUAAUGCACUUUUUUUAAUCACUCUAGGUACAAAAAAAUCAUUUUUUUGCAAAUAAUUACUGUUUACGAUAUUACUGAUAUGAUUGAUAUGAUGAUUUCUCAGCACACUAAACGCCUUCUCCUUCAUUUUGCUCUUGCUCCAUAUUUUCUAAAUCCAUAUCAUCUAAUUUUCAUUUAUAUCAUCUUCAUCUUCACUACUAGCCCAGUAAUCUUUUUGAUCUUUUUUUUUGUAUGUACUUGUCUUUUUUGCGUACUUUUUUUACCUCUUUUCUCUUUUUCUUCUUUUAUCGUCUUUUUCUUUUGUGAUUUUUGUUUUGAGUUAUUAGCGCUGUUAGGGGCCUUUUUGGAAAAGAUAUAAUUUCAUUAAUUGAGUUAUUAUAAAUAUUAUUGUCACCGGAUUCAACACUCGCCGCUAUCGGUUCUUCUAUGAUUCGUUCCGCUGAAUUCGGGUACACUUAAAGUCCUCCUUACGAAAUACACCAGGGUUCAGUUUAUGGCUUUUUCUGCAGUAGAGACUGAAAUAUGGACUUUGGUAAAUAUACCGUUAACAUCCGUCAUCAAAAUCCCUUAUUAGGGCCUCGAUUUUAAAAAUAAGUCAUAUUCAUCAUCCUAGGAGGUAUUGACAACAUAUGAAUUCCAUUGUCCUUACAGUAGUGUUACUCGUUUUGGAAAAAUAUUUCAACCAAAUGAGAAAUACAUCUUCCGUCAUCUAAACGCUCUUAGUACAUGCGUCAGUGGAACCUGGUGGGCCAUUCCGUUCCAAAGAUGAUGCGAUCCUUAUUCUAGGUGGAGUAAAUAAAGCAUUCGCAUUCAUACAACACACCGUAAUAUUUUUUCCUCUUUCCCCACUAGUUAUAGAUCCAAUUUGCGUCUGCUCUUUUUGCGCAAUGAUUCGAAGCUGUAUGUUAAACGUAGUGAUUCUCAUUUCAUCGACGUUGAAUAUGCAAGUUGCAGAAAACUUUAAAGGGUUGAAUUUUAUUAAUAUUUGUCGCUUCUGGUUUUCCAAAGCUGAGUGCGGGAUGCCUAUUCAUAAAUGCAUACAUCUAGCGUUCCUUCUUAUCCCGAUUAACUUUGUGAGGGAUAGAUAACAGUUCAGCAUAUGAAAAAGCAGCGCGCCUCGAUUGAAUUGGUGUAGGACUUUUGCGAUAAUCGUGACAAAUGGUCAGAAAUCCGCUCUUGUUCUUCAGAGAAUGUGUUCCCUUUUUAAGUCUUUCCUAAAGCCUUGUUACAGUUACCGUGCAUUCAAUUUGUCUUGAUAACAUUUUAAUUGGUUGUAACUUUUAUUCUGUUAGAGAUAUGAACGUAAACAAAAAAUAAUGUAGGGUUAGCAGCCAGGUUUUUUCCAAGUGAAGUAUAAAAGAAAAUCCUAUCAAUUUGCUAACAUAUAAACCUAGAUCAUAUUCUUUUGAACAUUACAUAUAAUUUCAAAGAGUGCCGUGACUCAUUGCAACAACAAUAAUUAUUUACAAUAUAAAGUAGAACAAAAAUAUAAAAAAUGACCUUACCUUACCUUAAAGUAAAAAAUUCUUCAACUAUUCUAAAUAGUGCUAUAUGUGAACACAUUUCUCGUACACUCCCCAACCCCUGGGAUAUUCAAUGUUAAGAAAACUUUUAACUUGCACAACAUUGUGAGGAGGGGCACCGCCUUACUGUCAUAUAAUCAGCGUUGAUAUAUUUAGGGGCAAUUCUUCUAUAUAUUGUUCUAAUUUGUGCUUUGUGAUCUGCAGUUAACUUUUGAUCUAUGACACCACACCACACAUUAAUAGAUUGGUACCCCUGGGUUUUUAUUUCGUGUUUUUGUCUAGGAUUGUUUAAAGACCAAUAUCGCGUAUUUUGUCUAUUAGAAGCCUUUCUUGUAGUGAACGAACUUUCAUCAGUCCAUAAAAUGUUUUUCAAAAAAUUAUUAUUCACAUUAUGUCUAUUUAAAAUAUCCAAACAUAUCUGCACUCUCCUUUAACAUUGUUCUGCACUUAGUUUUUGAGUUUUACGAAAUUUAAAUGCAUUAUAUUUAUAUUCUUUCAAAACUGAGAGGAUUGAUCCCCGAGAAACACCUGUCUCUUCAGAUACUCUAGUAAUGGAGGAAACUGGAUGUGCUUCAUAGAAUCCUAAUUAAUUUAUCUGCCUUAUUUUCCUCAUUUCAAAUAUCAUGAUCCAGCAUACCUUCUUAGCAUUUAACGCGUUGCCGCGCAAAUUUGUUUGCCAGCAUACUUUUUACUGCGUCGGUUUUUGCUGAGUCGAACUUGCUGACGUUUCGCCAAUCAUCCUGUUGGCUUCUUCAGAGCUUGACCGAGAAAAACUUAAACUGUUUCACAAGUUUUGUAAAAAGUAUUAAAGUAGCCUGUGGAAGCUCUUUGAAAAAUUCUUUGCUAGCCUUGGAAAAAUCUGUUUUGAAGGAAAUUUUUAUAUAAUUUCAAAGAGUGUCCUGACUGGCAAAUAAAUAUAUGUUUAUGUUUGACAUAUUAGUAAACAAUGUUGAUGGUUGAAUUAUUGUCCAAGAUAUGAUUGUUAAAAUGAUUUUUCUCGAAUUUAGCAAAGGAUGAUGUGCUUCAAGUAAACAAAGAAGUUGCAGCCAAUUAAAAUAUUAUCAAGAUAAAUUGAAUUCACGGUACAUCAAAGCGUCGUGCAGAAAAUCUCAGGCCAUUACCAUUUUGAACAGCAUUUAUUGCAGACAGCAUAUUCUCUUCUGUUUACUAGUUAAAUCGUCAAAUAGGUAGAAAAAUUGAGAAAAGUUGUAAACAUUCCUCAUUGUGAUCCGUCUCAUUCUAAAUUAAAUUUUCAGAAUCAUUCUGGUUCGCUAUAGGCGACUAGUUAUGCACAGUAUCUCCUAAAUUUGUUUUAUUUUGUUUGUUUAUUUUGUUUUGUUUACGACAGCAAUCUGAGAACAGCUCGGUAUCUUAUAUUUUCCUACACUAAUUUAUUCCUUUGAUAGGUCAAUAUUAAUAACAUCAUAAGUUGAAUAGCUGUACAUCUUAGGUUCCCAUGUAUUUUGGGUUGCAUAUUAACGUUUUCCACUUAUCGUCACGUCCUGAAAAAUAUGAUUACGUGAAUGGUGGCGUUGCUAGGACGCCAAUGGCUCAAUAGCGACUGAUAUUGACGUAUCGGAGGGUCUAAUUUAGACAAAACUAUAAACAAUAAUCACAAAAACCAUAAUCGAUCGUCUGAUUAAAGACACCAAAUAUGGACGUUUCCGAUGAUUAGAUAAACCAUGUAUAGGGGUCCUGCCUAUGCUGAUAAUAUUAAUAAUAUAUAUUAAUAUAAUAUAAUAUAUAAUAUUAAUAAUAUAUAGCGACGAUAAAAAAAUUAAAUGCUAUGUGUGGCAGCUAUAUGGUUUUACCAUUCACUUAAUUCACAGAGAAAAAUAAUGAGCGUGGCCGGUACAUUUUAGGUUAUGUAUACGGCCCUUUAGACGUAUCCGUGUUUGGUUUACUUUGCUAUUUAAUAUUAAGCGAAAAUAACGGCAAUAAUUUUAUAAAAACCUGUCCGGGAAUGCCCCAAAAGGUACGCCGCGUAUCACUUUUUAGACGUUAUAGUGUGUACAUAAGGAGAGAUUCGUGUGUGUGUGUGUGUGAUGUAGGCCGGACUUGCCAUAAAUAUUCUACUCUUACGCACGAGGUCAGUUUUCGUUUGGUUUUUAUUGCGGCGCAUCAGAAGUAGGGUGGCUUUUAUGGGGCGUCCGGCAUUUCUAAAGUACCAGACAAUAAUAUAUUUAAAAUAUCCGAAUUACAAUACCCCGCUAUGAUGUAUAUUUUCCAGGGUCGAAUACGGACCUGCGUGAUUGCGUUCGUGUAUAAAUCGUUUGUAUCAAAAAAUAUCUGUAACGAGUAAUGCGUUUUCGGACGAGCAGAUGUGUAUAUUAGCGUCAACGUUGUCAAGUAGCGACAGAAAAAGUAGCGUCAAACUGCUGUACUGAGCCCACAGCACUUUCGCGACGACUUUUA